AUGAGAGUCAUUGUAUCAGUCACGCUGAUUGCACUGCUAUGUGGCAUAAGCUUGAUCCCCAUCAAUGCCAUAGAAAUUAGAAAAUGUGCUAGCAGAAAGAAAAAUGUUGAAAAUCUUUCACCCAAGCAGAAUUCAGCAGGAAUACCCGAAAAUACAUCUAAUAUAAAAGAUGAAGAUGUCAAAUUUGAGAUGUGUAAUAAUUUCUGUCAUGCCUUAUGGAAAGAAGAUAAAACUGCAAAUGGCACUGAAAUUACUAUUUUGUCUCAAGGUUGUUGGAAACAGUCUGGUGAACAAAAAUGUGAAAAUACAGAAUGUAUCGCACUCCAGAGAUUUACAAAGGCUUUAAACAAUACGAAAUUUUGUUGUUGUCACGGAGAUUUCUGCAAUCUCAAUAUUACAAGUUCCAAUCUUACCGAUUCGGAUAACAAAAUAUCUAACACUCUUUCCUCGCAAAAAAAUCGACCAACUACAGAAUAUCUUGAACAGUCACACUCUGAAGGCUGGUUCCUUAUUAUAAUAAUUGUCUUAGCAUGUACAAUGCUACUAUUAUGUACUAUAGCAAUGAAUAUAUACAGAACGUAUCAUAACAAUAUUUUAAUGAGAUUAGGAAAGCCUUUAUCUUAUAAUGAUCAGUUCAUGGAUAGCACAGCAUUAAGAACUGGUACUUACACAGUUGACCACUUGAAACUUACAAAUAUUGUAGGUCAAGGACGAUAUGGAUCGGUUUGGCAAGGCAGUAUGGGAGAUCAAGAUGUUGCAGUUAAGAUAUAUCCAUCGCACUACCGCAAUUAUUUUCAAAAUGAAAGAGAUACUUAUUGUCUACCUUUUAUGGAGCACCCAUCAUUAUUAAACUAUUAUGGUGUGGACGAAAGAAUAAGCAUGGAAAAUAGUAUUGAAUAUCUUUUGGUACUCAGUUUUGCUCCUGGUGGUAGUUUAACGGAAUUCUUACGAACGCACACUGUUGAUUGGAACACAUUCUGCAAAAUGAGUCUUUCGAUAGUUAAGGGACUUGCUUAUUUGCAUACGGAUAUACGCAAAGGAGACAAGUUCAAACCAUGUAUUGCACAUAGAGAUAUAAAUUCAAGGAACAUAUUAAUUAAAACUGAUGGUACUUGCUGUAUUUGCGAUUUGGGAUUGGCAGUUCAAAUCUCUGGAUCUAAGUAUUACUCUAAUGGAGAGGAGCAGCAUGCCGAACUAAAAUCAAUUAAUGAUGUGGGCACACUGAGAUACAUGGCGCCAGAAGUAUUGGACGGUGCUGUUAAUUUACGGGAUUGUGAGAGUUCUUUAAAACAGAUAGAUGUUUAUGCAAUGGGUUUAGUUCUUUGGGAACUGGUUACAAGAUGUUCUGAUAUUUAUAUUCCUGGGUCAGACGUGCCGCAAUAUAAACAGCCAUAUGAGAGCGAAAUAGGACUUUAUCCAACGUUUGAGCAGAUGCAGGUCUUAGUAUCACGUAAUAAAGCCAGACCACUUUUAGAGGGUAACUUAGUAGAUAGACCAGGAGUGCGUUUAAUUAAGGAAACUAUAGAAGAUUGCUGGGACGCUGAUGCUGAAGCCCGUUUAACUGCUUUGUGUAUAGAAGAACGGCUUUCAGAACUGCAGUCUCAUCGUGUGAUGAUGCACUUUACCGACGGAAGUCCAAUGGUGAAUUCUCACUGCACCUUAGUGCCUUCAACAACAAACAGUCUUUAUAGUGAAUCCUCGCAUCAUGACAAUGUACAUGUUGUUCAACUUGCAUUGAAUAUGGUGCAAGAUAGUAAUACUAAUGAUGGUGCAAUAGCUGAAAACUUAGUUACAUUAUCACCAUCUGACAGCGUUGCUCAUGAACACAGUUUCAAAAAUUCGAACGAAGUAGCGACAUAUAAUCAUACUCAAACCCUUCAGCCGUACCAAGGCAGAAAUCCGUGUAUGGAAAGAAAUUUAAUGUUACAAUCGGAUUCAUUGGAAGACUUAGGCUGUAACGGUAAUGUUCUCGUCGAUAAAUCACUGAAGCAUUUAUGUAACGAUCAAUACAAAACUGGUACAGAGGCACAAGGAUUAGUUUCGCACGAUUACUUAAGUCAACAUACUACGCAAUUAACGCAACUUAGACCAGCAACGCCUAUACCAUACGUUCAAAAUGUCAUUUCCGAUGAAGGAUCAUCUUCGUACGGUAAGAGAAAGCAGACGAAUAUACAGGACACAUCUCUUCAAGAGAGCCCACGAAAAAGAUUAUUUGCUUGGCCCAAUUUGAAGAAAUUACUGGUUAACAAGAAAAUGUAUCCGUACAGCAGAUACCAAAUAGAUAGAGAAGAUUCUAAGUCAAAUUUGUUAUCGAAGCAAAAUAUUCAGAUUAAAACUGUAGAGACAAAUGUAACGAUCUCGCCUGGAGGAAAAUAUGUAAAUGGCAUUAUUGGUAAGACUUCUACUUCGGCGAUGCCGGUAGAGAAGAAUGACAAGCAUACCGCACAAAUGGGGAAACAGAAGCAAUAUGAAAGUGAUAACACAGCAUCCAACGCGCGUCCUUCCACUUUGCCGCUCGUAAAUUUAAGAAACAAGAAGAGAGAAAAUAAUUUAAGCAGGCAAGAAAGCAUAGAUAAAUUUAAUGAAAUCUUCAAUGUGGGCUCGAACGUAAAUAACGCGUUGAAGGACCCGCAUAUGAGAAUAAAAACACCUGGUGAUUUGCCACCAUCUGUUAGGAAAAUUCGUGGUCGUGCGCAAUCAACAGCGCGAUUUUCGCUUUACGAUGAUCGCAUGAUGUGCAAUAUCCUGAAUGAGGAGGACGAUCAAAGUGACAAGGCCAUUUGGAAUUCUGUGCCAUUUGGUAUGGAUCUCGGUGAUAGCGAUGGGAAACAUUCACCAACGAAACUUGGUACCAAAAAUGUUACGUGCUUUUAAUCAGAUAUUAAUGUAUUUGUAAAGUCUUUAUGUCUAUAAUAUAGUAAAAAAAAAGAGGAUUGCUGUACGGUAUCCUAAGCUUCAAUUUGUGUACAGAAUUUGUGUAUAAGAAUAAGUAAGAUUUUAUACUCAAUGCAAAAUAUAUUAUUAUACAAUUUAGAUAUUAAACAGUGAAAUUAACAAAAAUUAGGAAUAUAUUCGGAAGUUCAUACUAUUCAAUUGAUUUGUCAUGUUAUACUUUGUGCGUAAUGAAUGCUUUUGAUGAAGUAGCCGAUUAAGUAUGACAAGUGCACAUAAUAAUAAUAAUAAUAAUAAUAAUAAUAAUAAUAAUAAUAAUAAUAAUAAUGAUAAUAAUGAUAAAUAGAAAAUAAAAAAUCAAAUUGACAUAAUCUAUACGCGCUGAAUUAUAAGAGAUGAGUUUAUCAUAAAACUGCUUUCAUAUAUGCUAUUUGUGAGUUAUCUUCUUUGUAUUCUCAAUGUUCUUUUAAAAAUGAUUUAAUAGAACUGAUGAAUUCAUUGUAAUUGAUAAACAUGGACAAUCAAUAUUAACAUUUGCAUCACAUUAUAAGAUAUUAUUAACAUCUUGAUGUAUAAUUAUCUUUUACUUUUUCACAGCAUUUAAAAGACAUAAUCUCUGUGUAAUGUAAAACAAUCUCUUAAUGUCAAUAUUUAUAGAAUAUUCUCCAUCUGAUAUUAUUAGCUCAAAGACUUAUAUAAAAUUAUGGACGAAAGUAUGUAAAAGUUAAUUCUUUUAUUAUCUCAAUUUUGUAUGCUCUCUCUCUCUCUCUUCAUGAGAGGAGACUGUAUUUACUUCUUCUAUACAUAUACAAUAUAAAUACAUAUAAAGUAUGUUUAAGUUUUAAACAGAUCGUGUGCAACAAGUUUGUUCAUUAAUAUGCAACGAUAUUUAUCAGAUAUAUGGAUCUACUAAUUAAUUCAAAGCCAUGAAUAUUAAUAUAGGUAAUUGUAAUUAUAAACUAGAAAUAGUAAAAAGAUAUAUUUGAGCACAAAGUAUAAUUGUAUCGAGUUAUAUGAAAAUUAUUUUUCCUGAUCCUGUGAGAUUGUAAAUAUUUGUAGCAUAAAAAAAGAUUAAUCAACUGCGUUAAACAUACUUUUGUUACGUUAUGUUAUGUUGAAGAUAUUCGUAAAUUUUUAUGUUAUACAUUUUAUAAUUCUUUAUCAUGCGAUAUGUUAUUAUUGACAAAAUUAAAAUGGAUAUGAUUAUACAAUUCAUAAUAAAGUCUUCUACCAAUAA